AUGCUCUUGGAUAUACUCACCACUACUUGGGAUUACGUUGUCACCAACCCCAAACCAUCAAUCAUCAUUCUAUUGCUCUUACUAGGGGUCUAUCAUCUCGUGGUAUAUCCGUUGUUCUUAUCUCCAUUGAAAGAUAUCCCCGGUCCUUAUCAUUACCGACUCACCAAAUUAUUUGCCUUGAACGGCCAAAGAUCACAAACUUGGAUUCAAACCGUCUAUGAUCUCCACCGUCAAUAUGGAGACGUGGUAAUACUUUCCCCCUCCGAGAUCAGUGUCAAUGGAGAUUUCAAAUAUGUUCAAGACAUUUACGUGCGAAACUUCCCCAAACUGCCGUUUUAUGAAAACUUCCGUAACCAUGGCCAUAGAGAUAAUAUGUUUGCCUCCUUGGAGAAUGAUCGUCAUCUCUCCUAUAAGAAGCUCUUGACCCAAUUGUACCAAAAAUCCGCCAUUUUCAGCCCUCAAAACACCACAAGAGACAUGUUGGUGGAGAAAAUCUCGCAAUUGGUCGGCCAAGUCCGUCAAUCAAGUGUCUUGGGUACUCACCCGGACUUCAUUAAUGCCGAGCUGAAACAUAACGAGUAUGGUAAGGGUCAUGUAGAAGGAUCUGGAGCCUGGUUUGACCACUCAAAGGGCAAAAAUUUGGGCAUUGAUGUAUAUUCACUUUUCGCCAGUCUUGCCAUGGAUGCCGUCCUGGCGUUUGAAUUGGGGGUAGAGAAUGGUACCAACUUGUUAUUGCACCCUGAGGAUCGUCAUAUCAUUGUUUCUCACCGUCUCCAGGCCGGAAUGGGGUUCUGGACCACGCUAGCGCCACAAUGGUGGGAAUGGGCUGCCACUCCACAAAUCAUGGAAGCUCUGAAAAUUGUGGAAAAAUGGCAAUUGGAACUUUAUGCUGGAGCUGAAGCAAAUGUACCAAAACUUACCCAUGCCAACCAAAACCUUACCUCUUUAGAAACGUUGAAACUGCAUGGGUUUUACGGGAAGGACGCCUAUUCUUUCCUUUCAGACAACAUUUUCGCGGGGCAUGAAACCACCGCCAUCCAGCUCAGUUACCUCACUUAUGAACUUUCAAGACCUUGUAAUUGGGCGAUCCAGGAAAAGCUUUCCCAGGAGUUGAAGGACUACUUUGGUGAACCAACAGCUUCUACCACCGAAAUCUUAUCAGACUUGGAAACGAUUGACACUUUACCCUUUUUGGACGCUCUCUUCCAAGAGAAUCUUCGGGUCCAUGCCUCGAUCCCGGGUGCUGAACCACGUGUAGUAGACAAGCCAUACAAGGUGUUGAUUUCCUCGGAAAGGGCCGUGACACUCCCACGGGGAACUACCAUCUCCUGCCAGCCAUAUCUGAUCCAUCGGAACGAAGAUGUGUUCCCCAACCCAGACGAGUUUCUUCCAGACCGGUGGUUGCAACAUAAGGACGAGUCGGACUUUGAGUUCAAACAAAGAAUCAUCCGCCAACAACGGUACAUGAUGCCCUUUGGUAAGGGGAUCAGAAUGUGUCUUGGGAUGAACUUGGCCAUGAUCGAGAUGAAGAUGGCCAUGGCUAAUCUUUACUGGCGCUACAGCUCGCGCAUCAGUCCAGACUGGUGUGAGAUCACCAAGAGCUCGGACGCGUCUGUCAUCCCCUUGGGAGAAAGUAGACAGGGCAACAACACCACUGACGAAGAGAAGAUGUGCAUGGUUGACGCGUACACGAUGCGUCCACUCAAUGACGAGUGUUGGUUGAGAUGGUACGAUAGAAGAGAAGUAGAGUAG